CCCUUCCAAACUGUAUGAUGAAGAGUAAGGUGACUGGCUUAUGGGGGUGAAGGGGACAGACCAGGAGACCCUUUCUCUAGGAAGAACAGAGACAGUCCUGUCCCAGCCCCCACUAUGCUUUGCUCGAGUUCCGACUCCGUUUCCAUUCUGUUUACUGUCCAAAGUCCUGGGGUCAGGAGAUGCCAGGAUAGAACCUCUUGGACGUUCAGACACAUGGGCUCAGGGCUGUCACCUGGACCAGCCCCCUCCCCUCCUCUUCUCGUCUAACACCACCUGCCCCACUUCUCCCAGGCUGCUUGAGGGACCCGGGAGUCAGCCCUUCACACCUUUAACAGUCCUAUCCUAAGCCUCCACCUGAACCAGCAUUUGAGCAGGAGCACCGGCCCUGAACUGAACCCCAGUCCUGAGAGCAGCCUUGACGGCAGCCCAGGCCCAGCUCCUGCCCUGGGCCCAGCAUGGCGAAGGACUUUCAGGACAUCCAGCAGCUGGAUUCUGAGGAGAAUGACCACCAGCUCGGUGGGGGUGAGGGGCCAGGCACCCGUAGGAGCAAUUCCAGGAGAGAAGAUGCAUUUUGGAAAGGGACGCCUCCACCCCAGCCCCUUCUGCUGCAGAGUCUCCACCCCAGGCCCUGGCUCAAUCUGCUGGUCCUGGGCUUCAACCUCCUGCUGCUGGUGGCCAUCUGUGUGAUUGGGUCCCAAAGAGCACAGAUGCAAGGGGAGUUUUGGACCCUAAAACAAGCUUUCAGCAACUUCUCUUCCAGCACCCUGGCAGAGAUCCAGGCUCUCAGCUUCCACGGAAGCAGCACUGGUGACAGAGUGACAGCUUUGGAAGCCAAGCUGGAGAAACAGAAGCAGGACUUGAAAGCAGAUCAUGACACCUUGCUCUUUCAUCUGAAGCACUUCCCAUUUGAUCUGCGCAUUCUGGCUUGCCAGUUGGCGUUCCUGCGAAGCAACGGCACAGAAUGCUGUCCCAUUAACUGGCUGGAGCAUGACGGCAGCUGCUACUGGUUCUCUCGCACUGGGCUGACCUGGCCUGAGGCUCAGAAGUUCUGCCAGCUGGAGAAUGCGCACCUGGUCGUCGUUAACUCCAGAGAGGAGCAGAAAUUCAUUGUACAGCACUCGCAACCCUUUCAUACCUGGAUAGGUCUCACUGAGACUGAUGGUUCCUGGAAAUGGGUGGAUGGCACAGACUACAGUAAUAGCUACAAGAACUGGAAUGUCGCUUGGCUAGAUAACUGGAGGGGGCACGAACAGGGUGGAAGCGAAGACUGUGCUGAAGUCCAAGCGGAUGGCCGCUGGUCCCACAAUUUCUGCCAGCAAGUGCAACGCUGGACAUGUGAGAUGAGACGGAACAUUACUGGCUAGGAGCCCUGCUCUCCAGCAGAUCUCUGUCUGUACCCCAUCCCUAUGCUGCCCCCAGCUUCUCUUCUGGGGAUUUUGAAGGUAGUCAGAGGCAUGGGGAGGAAUUGAGGGAAGAUAGAGUGGAAUGGUUUAAGAAUCUCAGACCCUGGGGAGGCAGAUCCCAGCCUCCUUCUGCUACUCACCGAGAUUAUAAUUUUCAGCCUCCUCAAUGCAGUAGGAGAAGAAGAAACAAAUACAUGAAACUC